GGACAGUACAGGUGACUGAGACGGCGUGAUUUUCUUUCUCCACACGGGAAAUUCGGCGUAAUUUACGUUGGUUGAAUACGUUGUGUUUCUUAUUUUCUAUCAUCAAACUGUUGAGGUUUUUCAACGACCGCCCCACAUCUUGAUGUCGUGCCUCUGAUGAUGCCCAAUAUCAGUCAUGUCUUUGCCAACCAAUGAUGUGAAUGGCUGCACUUUCGUGGAGAUUUCCUUUGACGACCUAACGUUCCAUGAGUGCAUCGGUGAUGGUACGUUCGGUAGCGUCUACCGAGCAAAGUGGAUUUCACAGGAUAAAGAGGUGGCCGUGAAGAAAGUUCUGACUUUGGGAAAGGAGGCCCAGGUUCUCAGUAGCCUAAGUCAUCGCAACAUCAUCCAAUUUUAUGGUGCAGCGACUGUGGCCCCCAACUACUGCCUCGUUACUGAAUAUGCUGCCCUUGGGUCUCUCUACUCCCACUUAGCUGAUCCGGCAAACGAUGUCGACUUCAAAGAGAUUCUUACUUGGGCACGGCAUGUAGCAUUGGGUAUAAAUUAUUUGCAUAAUGAGGCUGCUGUCAAGGUGAUACAUCGAGAUUUGAAAUCUAAGAACUGCGUCAUUUGCGAGGGAAUGAUUGUUAAGCUUGUUGAUUUUGGGGCGUCCCGUUUCCAUGGCAGCACAGCGUUGAUGACGAUGGCUGGUACUUUCCCCUGGAUGGCUCCAGAGGUCAUCCUAGGGGAGGCGGUGUCCGAGAAAUGUGACACCUUCUCCUACGGAGUGGUUUUGUGGGAGCUUCUUACCAGAGAGGUGCCCUUUAAAGGUGUGGAAGGGUUUCAAGUUGCCUGGGCAGUUGUUGAGAAGAACGAAAGGUUAGCAAUACCCAGCACGUGCCCUGACAAGCUGGCAGCGCUUAUACUGCCGUGCUGGGAGACGGAUCCGAAGAAACGACCGGCCUUCAAGGACAUACUCAAGACACUGGAUCGCCUGAUUGAAGACAAGCCUCUAUCGGAAGAAACAGGUACUUUCCUCAUGCAGAAGGAGAAAUGGAAAGUUGAGAUUGACGAGGUGAUGACCCGCAUUCGUCAGAUGGAACGGCAGCUGAAGGACAAAGAAAACAAGCUGGAUACGCGAGAGAGCCGCUUGCGUCACUUGGAGGACGCCCUCGCAGGGCAGAUUGUCGUCCCGUUCAGCGCCGACGUCAAACACGACGCCAACCACUGGAGCGAGCAAGAGGUUUACCUGUGGGUUUUACAACUCCAAGCUAAAGUUCCAGGCCAGAAACGGAGCGAUCUCGCCCAGUACGCCAACCUGAUGUUGGAGCAUAACAUCACCGGACGUCGUCUCUUGUUGCUUUCCAUGGAUGACCUCCUGGCCCUGGGGAUCAAGUCCUUAGGCCAUCGUAAGGACCUUCAGUUGGAGAUCCAGAAACUCACCUUAGAUAACUACCGGCUUCAGCAUUUUCCCCCGCUGUCCAGUGUAAAGAGCAUUCCUACCACACCGACUAAAUCGGUCGGUAGUAACAAAACCCUAACAGGAAGUCAACCGACGACCUUUCACCUGACGUUAAUAUUCGGCAAUCUCUGCAGGCCGGGACCCACACCAGAGGAAUAUAAGUGGAAGGUGUACGUUGAGACAGACUGUGAUGACAAUUCCUCACGCUGUAUCAGGGAUGUGACAUUAUCCUUGGGCGAACCGGGGGCCAAGGAGAGUUUCCGACACCCGCCGUACGUCAUGACCAACUGGAGGGUUAGUAAGAGGGGCAGCAACAUCGGUGUGGAAUGCACAGUCACAUAUUGGGAUUCAAUUAAGAAGCCUAAAUCGACGUGCCACGUCCACAAAGUCACUUCAAAUGACAAGAACCAGCCAUCAGAAAGGAAGAUCAAACUAACAGGUACCCCGCCGGCCAGGUCUAGCAGCCCUCUACCAUCAUCCUAUGACUCAGGCGGCAGCGGGAGUCUGGGUACCCUACAAGGGGUGUGGUCAACUAGGAAACUACAAAACAGCAUGGAUCCUGGUCUCUACGAGAGUAUAGAUAAAAAGCCAGGUGUUUGGUCUGGUGUCGUGGCAGGAAAAGUCACCCCAGCAGCAAGCAAAACCAACCCCACCCCAUCACCGAAGAUCAACCCCCUUCAUGAGGGCUUCAGUUUCGCCCCUCCGGUCGAUCCGACCACCCCUCCUCCACAAUGGCCUGUCCGGAAGAACCCCUCCACUGGCACACCUCCAACACUACCGCUGGGGUCAAGGUCACCGUUUGCAGUGGACUGUACCAUUAAUCACACAGGGGUGAAAUCGCAGGUUGACUCGGAUGACGAUUCAUCUAGCGCUGGGUACAGGACUGCGAACUCUUCUCUUUCCACACCUUCACCGGAAAUACGGAGGCUGAGGACUGGGCAUCACUUAGACAGAAAUCUGAGUCAUUCCAGCACUGGUGCCGACCCCACCCCUCCCAAGUCCUCCUCCCCAGGGAUGAGCAACCAGGAGUGGCUCUAUCCCCGCUCCCGGUCCGUAUCGAGCGGUAUCCCGCUAGUCGGUGUCCAACGGGAGGUCUAUCGACACAGGCUGCACAGUCCGUCCCGGAACCGACGGAAAUCGGGCAACCGAAUAAACAGUGGCCUAAGCCCCCAGGACCUGCAGAGAGGCAGGAGUACCGGGGAAAGUGGUACACACACUGCAGCAGAUUCUAGGGUUACCAACCGAGGUCAUUCGGGGUCAGAGAGAGGUCAUCAGAGGAACAGUUGGGCAGGUCAAUCUUAUAAUGAAAAAUAUUGAAUGUGUGGUUGUAAGAAAAAAAUACAUAUAUAUUUUAUAUAAUAUUGGAUGGUUUUGAGAGGCUUAUAAAAACAUAUUGCAUGAGCUAUAACAAUAUUCAACUCGUGCAAUAUUGUUAUAGCGAGUGCAAUAUAUUCUUAUACCCCUAAAGAAAAAAAAACCACCCAAGAUUAUUAUUAUUUAUAUCAGGCUGACUUUAGGCAAAAGAAAAAAAAAAUUAAGGACUCACACUGUUUCUCAAAUUUUGUCAAAUACUCUUCGCUUAAAUACCAAAGCAAAUUUCGCGCUGCUCGAAGCUGCGAUUGUGGUUGACAACAGUGCGUGUAUAAGCACCUUGCGUGGGAUGGUACCGCGCGCUACGCACAACUGUAGGUUUCUACGCUCUUGAUUGUGCGGGAACCAGCGAAAUUUGUAAAAAUGCCCGAAUGAAGACAAUAUCAAAAAUAAUGUUGCAGUCAUUCGGGUACUUUGACUGACAUAAUAAUAUUGCAGUCAUUCGGGUACCACUUCGGAUAAGUGUACAAUAUGCUGAUUUGUUUUUGUACGUGGAAGCCUGAUUUAAAUAAUUAUGUAUCAUAUAGUCUUUAAAAUAUUUGCAAUAUAAUUUUAUGUAGUUUUGUUACCAAAAGUAAGUCUUUUGUAAGAUGACCAAAUCUACAAAGAGCUUUCAUGCUGUAGUCUGAUUUUUUAGUAAUCGUUAAAGAGCACUACUAAAAACAAACUAGACUUUUUCCUCUUUUUGAACGAAUUAAGUAUUUAACCAGGAAGAAUAUGUUUUGUCAACACAGCCUUUCGAGAAAUAGUGUAAAAGGCAUUUUUGUUAAUGUAGAUCACCUUUGUUUACAACUUGGAAUUGAGUGAAAAACAAAGAAAUCAAGGUUAUUAUCUUUCUGUUAAUUUCUUUGUUUCCCCUGAAUGACAUAAUGUAAACAAGUAACGUCAACAAUGUAAACUUCAGUUUUGUGUUUGGCGCUGUGACAGAAAAACAGUAUUCUACAUGGUUGAAAGUCUACUUUAUUUGUUCAAAAAAAAGUGGGGGAAUUAAUUGUUUUCUUAAGUGAUGCUCUCUGUCGCGGUAAAUUUAGUGUGUCGUGUGCUUUUUGUGCUGCUCCCAAUUUCACGAAGCGCUGCGACGCGUCGCAACCCGAGUUACGACGUGUGAAGUGAUUCAUACUCGGCGCGAAAGUGAACGCGAAUUUGUGACAUGAUCUUGGUAAGUAUUAGCGCUGCGAAUUUGUGAAAGCUGAACGUAUUUCAACCCGUCGCAACUCAAUACGCGUCGUAUGAUCCAUCUUACGAAACUUGCGCAUCGCACUUACGGCAUGUUUUGUGAAAUGGAUCGCAGGACGCAUUGCAGUUGCGACGCAUCGUAGGGAUAUGACGCAUCGCAGCACUGCGAUGCAUCGUAAGUUACGAUGGGUUUAAUGAAAUCGGGUGCUGCUAUGCUUGUUUAUUGAGGCUUGAGAAUGUAUGCUGUCGGCCACAAUUCAUUGCCAAAUUAAUUGCAUUUUUUAAGUUCCAACUUUCUAAAAAAAAAAUAAAUAAAUAAAUAAAUUUGACCAGUCGGGUAACUUGUGAUAUAUUUUGCCUGACAUUCAUAUUUAUGUAGAAACUUACAUUUGUCUUUUAAAUAUGGAUAUUGCAAUAUUCGCUGUUCAUGAAACAGUAUUAUGUACGCAUUAUUGUUUUAUAAAAAAAUAGCGAAGUAACUUGAGAACUUAAUUAUCCAAAUUAAUCUGCCUGUGGUGUGUUGUGAUAUAAAUAUAUUGGUAAGAAAAGACUUCGUCGCAGGCUGCCUACAUACUUAAUGACUUGAAUGAAAUAGAUAAAUUAUAUUUUAUAUUGAAAGUUCAGCCUUAGCUGGAUGAGCCUCAGAAUGAUAAUUUUAAAAAGAGGAAGUUUGGAGGUCCUAACCUUAAUCUUGGCAAAAAAAAAUUCUAAAUAAUAUGCUUUUAUUUGUAGAAAAUUUCUGCCUGGAUUAAAUUGUCAGGACCCCCAAAUGUUCGUUUUCUCAAAAGAAAUUAAUAUAUUUAGUAUAGAUUGCAAUAAAUGAUGGAUCUUUUGAAUUUUAAAUUU